CAGGCAAGCUUUGUGAACAUUUCUUGAGACUGACUAGAGAUUGAACGACGAGUCCAGCACGACGUCCUUGAGUGCCUGGCACGUCUUUAGGACGUCAGCCAACACGGAGACUGAGUGCUUCAACUUGAUUCCAUUAGACACUAGAUUCCAUGAGUGCUGAGCAACAAAACUAAGUUUCACCAUGGAGACCGAGACUGAUUUUGAUAUUCUCACCUUUUUGGAAGGAUGCAGCCAAGAUAUGAUUCCCAUGGAUUCGAGCGGUGGGCCCAAUGUUCUCAGUGAGAACGACAUCAUGGAUAUCCUUGGGGAUGUGGAAUUUGAUGCUGACCCAUCGUUGAGCCCAUCCAAUCGACCUAAUACCCAAAUAUGCCCUAUUUGCGGACGUCCAGCCGGAAAACACUUGUAUUAUGGAUCACAAGUGUGCGUGAGUUGCCGUGGAUUUUUCCGAAGAACUGUCCAGAACAAUCACCAAACCAUUUUCCAAUGCAUAGGGGAUCUCAAUUGUGUUAUCGACUCUACCUCUCGGAAAAGUUGCAAGUUUUGCCGAUAUCAAAAGUGCCUGGACGCGGGAAUGAAUCCGGCAUAUGUGCUAUCGCCAGCAGAAAGGAAGGAUCGAAUUUUGCGACAAUACCAAUCUAAAAGUGGGACCACGCGGAUUUUACCUCGACUCAAGCUCCAACGAGAUUUGUCCAUGGUCUACACUCAAGAAGAGGAGUUGUAUCACAAGAAGGAAUACAAGUCAUUCAUGACUACUGCGUGCUCAAAGUGUCUCGACUUCUUCGUCAACCGUUUGGAUGACUACAAAACCUAUCAUGAGAGUAUCAUCUAUAAUAUACCUCUCACGCCUGAAAAAAUGAAACUAAUGAUGAAAUUGGACGAGGUGAUCAUCACCGCACAUUGUUUAGAACUCAGCGAUGGCCACGAACUGUCCUCUUAUGAUCGAAUGACUUUGAUCAAGAACAAUUUUUCUGCUUUAUACGGCCUUGUCUGGGCUGGUUAUGGGCAAGAUUAUUGUACAAUUGAGUAUUACACUACCUUUUUAGAUUUCACUCAGAGAAGAGCUUCGACUGAUGAAAAUUAUCGCCUUUUGGCCAAUUUGGCGGAGGAGUUGUUACCCUUAAUAAUAAAGGGUGCCUUUGGCAAUCUUAAUGGUCUUUUUCCCGCCAACGACCUUUGUCAAGAACUCAACGUAGGUGCAACCUUCAAGCAAGAAACGAGCAAAGUGCAAAAUUGGUCAGCUCCAUAUGGAUUAGACAACGGGCCCGACCACAAUAUCAUCCUAAUAUUCUACAAAAUUAUCUUGUUUGGGACCGACUUUCCGGAUCGAUUGGACGAACCAACCAAAAUUGAAGCCAUCCGAGACAAAUAUUUGUGGCAACUCCACCGGUACAUCAAAAAUCAGUCUGGCAAGAAGACCUACACCCUUCUCCACGAGACUGCUAUGAUAAUUUUGAGUAUAAAAUCGAUUUCAACAGUUCUAGAGAAUGCAAUGAAAUAGCAGACCAUUAGACAUUAUUUUUCCGUG